AUGGCAGACGACGAUUUCCAUUGGAUUGACGCGGACUCACCAGAUUUAGUUACAGCCGCUGGGUUUUGGAGAAAAGCAAAGCCGCCUAAACUCGAGGAGCAAGUAGUUUACUCCGUCAAGUCAAUGGAAGCAUUGCAGCUGAACCAUUCCCAUUUGCUUCAAAACAAGCAAAGCAUGUUUUUUUUCAAAAACACCAACAGCUCAAUGCAAUAUGAUAUCCUGACGGGGUAUUGGACCGAGAUUAGCAAGCAAGACCCCAUGAUGGAAGCCACGGUGCACUUAUUUGAUAAAUGGAUUCCGAUUACCGCGUGCAUUGAAUCCAUCCAUGGAAGUGGCGCCUACAUGAGUCGAUACAUCACGCUCUACAUCCAUGCAACAGUUGAAAAUGCAAUCGGGGGCGCACCGGGGUUCCCGCCUAUUUUCGUCUACCUCAGCGGCGGGAUUAGCCUUGGAAUUGGAGUCAGAGUUGGCGUUUCCAAAUUGUACACUUUACUCUUCAGUUGUUCGAUAAAUGCCGGUGAGGUGGCUCAGCUUUUCGUUCGUCCUUCGUUUAUCAAGGUUCCCGAUUUGAAAAUCGUCAAGUACAAGUUUAAAAAAAAGAGAUUGAACAAGGUCGGCACGAGGUAUAUUAAACUGUUCAAGAUGUUGGCUCUCGAUGCACCAGAGCAUCAAUGCUGGGUGUCGCGCGAUGUUUCCGAUUUGCAGUGCAAAGGGACAAUCUCACGAAAGGUGAAAGUACACCUCGGAGGAAAACCAAAGCUUGAUAACUAUGGACUUUUACAACAAUAG